AUGGCAUCUCCUUAUUAUGUACGGAAAUGUCUCCAAGAGACGUCUCGGAACCUGUUCUCAGUCACUCGGUCCAUAAGCUGCGACUGUCAACAUCCCAUCAGAUCUCGCAUCGACCAGAGACGAAAGAUUAGCAGCUAUGGCUACACCCAAGCUAAAGCCCUUGUAUACUCCAAGUAUGGCGAGCCGCAAGAUGUCCUAUCGCUGCAUGGCCACUCCAUUUCACCCGCAUCGGGGUCCAGCGUCGUCCUCCGCAUGCUCGUGGCUCCUAUCAACCCUGCCGACGUCAACCAGAUCCAGGGUGUGUAUCCUGCGAAGCCAGAGAUGACAACAGCUCUUGGGACCUCAGAACCCUCUGCGGUGGCUGGAAAUGAAGGUGCGGCGGAGGUCAUCAGUGUCGGUUCGGGGGUGAAGAAUCUCAGUAAAGGAGACUGGGUCAUCAUGAAGACUACCAGCAUGGGCACCUGGCGCACACACAUGGCAAUAGAUGAGAGCAAAUUGAUCAAGAUUGACAACAAGGAGGGAUUAACUCCACUUCAGGUCGGAACAGUGUCAGUCAAUCCCUGCACGGCAUAUCGCAUGCUUCUUGACUCGGCAAAAUGGGGCUUCCGCGGAGACGAAUGGUUCAUCCAGAACGGAGCCAACAGCGGGGUGGGAAGAGCUGCCAUACAGCUUGGGCGCGAGUGGGGAUUCAAGAGUAUCAAUGUCAUCCGGGGUCGGGAGAACAAGGAGGAGGAACAGAAACUUCGUCAAGAACUGCUCGAUAUUGGAGCCACCAAAGUCAUUACGGAAGACGAGCUCCAAAGUCGCGAGAUCAGAGAUCAGAUCAAAGAGUGGACAAAUGGUGGACGAGAGCAAGUCAAAGUCGGCCUCAAUUGUGUGGGUGGAAAACCCGCCACCGCCAUGGCCAAAUUCCUGAGCCCCGGAGCGACCAUGGUCACCUACGGAGCAAUGAGCAAGCAGCCUCUCAUGCUGCCUGCCUCGCUACUGAUCUUCAAGGAGAUCACUUUUAACGGGUUCUGGGUGAGUAAGUGGAGUGAUCGACACCCCGACCAGAAGAAACAGACGGUGGAGGACGUCCUUCGGCUCACGAGAGAAGGCAAAUUCAAGGAUAUACCGGUGCAAGAAUGCAAAUGGGGGUGGAAAACGGAGAUCGAUCUUCUGAAGAAAGCUGUUCAAGGAACCCUUGGUGGUUUCCGACCUGGUAAGGGCGUUUUUGUGUUCGAGGAGACGUGA